GGCGGGCAGCGACCAGGCGGCUCCAAAGCGCUGCGCCCGCGGCCCAUGUCCUCCGUGUCCUUGCGCUCCUCCCCCCUGCGGACCCCCAAAAUGAAGAAGGAGGAGACUUUCCUGGGCAAGCUGGGCGGCACGCUGGCGAGGAAGAAGAAGGCCAGGGAGGUGACCGACCUGCAGGAGGAGGGCAAGAACGCCAUCAACUCGCCGAUGUCGCCGUCCUUGGCGGACCUGCACCCUGAGGACACCCUGCUAGAGGAGAAUGAGGAGCGCACCAUGAUCGACCCCACCUCCAAGGAGGACCCCAAGUUCAAGGAGCUGGUCAAGGUUCUCAUCGACUGGAUCAACGACGUGCUGGUGGAGGACAGGAUCAUCGUGAAGCAGCUGGAGGAGGACCUGUUCGACGGGCAGGUGCUGCAGAAGCUCUUGGAAACGCUGGCGGGCUGCAAGCUGAACGUGGCCGAGGUGACGCAGUCGGAGAUCGGGCAGAAGCAGAAGCUGCAGACGGUGCUGGAGGCCGUGCAGGAGCUGCUGCGGCCCCACGGCUGGGCGCUGCCCUGGACGGUGGACGCCAUUCACGGGAAGAACCUGGUGGCCAUCCUGCACCUGCUCGUGUCGCUGGCCAUGCACUUCCGGGCGCCGAUCCGCCUCCCCGAGCAUGUCUCCGUGCAGGUGGUGGUCGUGCGGAAGCGGGAAGGCCUGCUGCAUUCCAGCCACGUCACGGAGGAGCUGACCACGACCACCGAGCAGAUGAUGGGCCGCUUUGAGCGGGACGCCUUCGACACCCUGUUCGACCACGCGCCGGACAAGCUCACCCUGGUGAAGAAGUCUCUCAUUACCUUCGUGAACAAGCACCUGAACAAGCUGAAUUUGGAGGUGACAGAACUGGAGACCCAGUUUGCAGACGGCGUGUACCUGGUUCUGCUCAUGGGCCUGCUGGAGGACUACUUCGUGCCCCUGCACAACUUCUACCUGACCCCAGACAGCUUCGACCAGAAGGUCCACAACGUGUCCUUCGCCUUUGAGCUGAUGCUGGACGGGGGGCUCCAGAAGCCCAAGGCCCGGCCAGAAGACGUGGUGAGCCUGGACCUCAAGUCCACGCUGCGGGUCCUCUACAACCUGUUCAACAAGUACAAGAAUGCAGAGUGACGCGCGGCGACGUUCCUGCGCUCCCCACCAGCCCGCCCUCUCCCUGCUGCCCCCACCCUCCGGGGUUGUUGCCCCGACCUCCUGCCCGUGUCUGUGAGCUGCAGGGCUCUGAGGCCUCGCUUCUGUGGGCUCCCGGCUGAGUCAGCGGCUGUCGGCCUGGAUCAGACGAUGAAAAGGAAAAACGCCGGAACCCAGGCCCCUCAGCCCCGGGAGGGGCGCCCGCGUUCCAUCUGACGGCACAAUUAGGGGUCCCCGGCAGCUCGGCCAUCCUGGCGGGACCUCCCGGGAGCGAGGCCUUCUUAGUAAAGAGCGUUUUGCAGUUUUAAAAACUCCACUCAGGUCCCAGAAGCCUUUGCUGUGGCAGGAAUGUCCCCCCACGUUCCUGCUUCGUGGCCGCUCCGUGUUGUGUUCAUCUCGUGUUCGCACAAACUUCUGAGGCCCAGCGGCCCCGCCGCCCGCCGCCCAGGGAGGGGGACCUGCCCAGGGGACGCCUCUGCUUCUGCUGCCGGUGGGCCGGUGGGAGCGGGGCCGCGGGAUGCAGUUCAGAAACGUCCAAGGCAGGUGUAUCCCUUCGCUCCGGGCGCCGCGCCAGAGCCGCAACUGGGCCGCUCCGACGACAGAGUUUAUUCUCUCAGCCCCGGCCCGGGAGCCCGAGCGCCAGGCGGGCAGCGUCGGUUCCUUCGGAGCCUCCUCCUUGGCCUGCAGACACCUCCUCCCCGGUCCUCCCGGGCGUCCCUGUGUGUGUGUGUGUGUGUGUGUGUGUGUGUGUGUGUGUGUGUCCUGAUCCUUCUUAUAAGGACACUAGUCAUGCUGGGCCACCCCCAGCCACGUGACCUAAUUUCACCGGCAUCACCUCAGGCUGCCUUUUCCGAGGCCCUGGGGGUUAGGGCUCCAGCCCGUGGGUCCUGGGGGCCACGGCAGCCCCUCCUAGGGGGAGCGAGGCUUUCCUCUCGAUCCCCGAGUCUUGGCACUUCCCCUGGGCACCUGCAGGAGAUGCUGCUCACCCCCUUGCCCACCGUGCGGAGGAGAGAGAUGGGGAGGCUCCGCUGGGUGUCUGGUGGCUGUGUGCUGGGGCUCAGCCCCCAAACUCGGCCCCAGCGCCCCAGCUGGGGUUUAUGAUGUGCGUGCGAACCCCGUGGCGGCCCCUGCAAUCAGCCUCCUCCCCCCUUUCUCUUCGAGGUUGGCCUUCCGCAGGGCACAGGCUGUGGAGAACGUGGCUGCUGUUCAGUGGGCUGUCCCUGCUCGGGAUUUGGGAAAGGGGGCAGCAUCCCAUCUCGGCCGGCCGCGUGCAGGCUGGGUGGGCUCAGGGCGUGUUGAUGGAUGGAGGUGCCAGGGUGAAAGGAAUAAGUAAGACGGCAUUAGGUCGUCUCCGGCGGGGUGCAUGGAGUGGCAGGGCGGUACUGGCACGUGGCUGAGCUGGGACAGUCAGUGCCGCCUUCAUUACAGCCCCUGGGGCGGGAGGCCCACCCACCUGGCGUGCUCACCCGUCCCUGGGGCCAUGCGGGGAGGAGGCAGCCUUGGGCGGCCUGCCCGGUGGGCAGCUCUGCGGGUUCCUCGGCCCACGUGGAGGCCGGUGGGAGAGCGAAAGGAACAGUGAGAUGGGGAACGGACUCCCGGGCGAUCGCCUCGCAGCGCUGAGCCCAUGGUUCCCGGGAGGGUGUGAUAUUUCAUCCGAGCUACUUUUCCGAGUUGGUUCAAAGGUUGGGAGUGCCUUACGCACACCUGCUAAGGCCCUCUUCGGCUGCACCAUUUCACUUUUCCUUGUUCCACUUUCCAGUGUGAGUCAAAACUCACAGCGCGGCCUGGACGGGUGCACUGGGGGCCAGCCCCAGGCAGAAGUCGGGUGGUCCUGGCCCGUGUGGCUCGGUUGUUUGGGCAUCAUCCCGUGCACCCAAAGGCCCCAGGUUUGAUUCCCCAUCAGGGUUCAAUCCCCAGUAGGGGGCGUGCAGGAGGCAGCUGAUGGAUGUGUUGUUCUCUCAUUGAUGUUUCUCUCCCUCUCCCUCUCCCUCUCCCUCUCCCUCUCCCU